AUGGAACAGGCCGUUGCCAACCUAGGGCUAAUUCUAGAAAGUAGAGCCGAAAACAAAUCUAAAAUGGUAAUGGAGGCACUGGAGGGCCUUGUAAAGUCAAUUUUGGGAAGUUCAUAUGAGGAAAUUGCAAACUAUGAGCUAGAUGAAAUGCUCACCGAAUCCUUUGAUAAAACAGUCUGUGAAGAUCACAAAAGAUUUGUAGAAAUGCUUCCAGAUCUUGUUUCAUGUAUGAGAGAUCCAAGAAACAUCUUCCCAGCAAUCGAGAGAUACUUCAAUCCCGAGUGUGACUUUUCAAUAGAUGUCGCUAAAGUAGUGUUUGUGAUGAAGAGAGACUUCGGGUUUGAAUUUGAUGGCUUCCACAGUACUCUUUUUGAUUGCAUAACAUCUAGAAAUAUCGAGGAGGAUAUAGAGAAAAAGUUGCUCUUUAUUCUAAUGACAUUGGAGGAUGGUUCCACUCCAUUGGCAGUAGCAAAGGCCUUCAUUAAGAAGUUAUGCAACAUUUCUUUACAAGUAAAAUCUUCCCAUUGCCAUAAGAUACUCUGGACAAUACUAUGGAUCAUGAGAUUCCAUCCGAUGACAUAUGUAAUGGCGAGGAAAGAGAGUUUCAGAAAGGACCUUGAAUGGGCUGUAUCCAUUGAAAUGGACAGUUUUCAACCAUAUCUAUUUGAGCUUGAUAUAUUAGGUGAAUCCCUGGAGGGAAUCAAAAAAAUCGUCAAUCUGAUCAAGCGGGAGGCGGUGCAUGCCAAGAGCAGACCAAAGCUUCUCUCUUUGACCGACAUUUCAUUCCCAAGACUAGAAAUCUAG